CCUUCAAAUUGAAGUGUUCUCAUUUGAAGCAUUAUAUAGUAUACAAUAUAAUGGCUACUUUUCUUUUAUUUGUGUUUGCUUUUGCUAGUCAAGUGAUUGGUGGAUUGAAUACAAAGCUACUACCUCCAUCAUAUGGAAAUACAAUAACUAUUCUCAGUAUUGAUGGAGGUGGUAUUAAGGGGAUUCUUCCUACGGUUAUUCUUGAGCAUUUGGAAAAGGCUCUUAAGGCAAAAGAUGAGAAUGCGGUUUUGGCAGAUUAUUUUGAUGUGAUAGCAGGGACUAGUACUGGAGGACUCAUUGCUACUAUGCUUGCUACUCCUAAUUUAAAGGAUGCUUCUCGUCCUGCAUUUAAUGCUUCAGAAAUCCAGAAAUUCUACUUGGAUUUUGGUCCUUCUAUAUUCAAUCAAACUUCUGCUGCCAAUUGGACUCAAGAGACACCAAGUCCGAAAUAUGAUGGAGAGUUCUUACAUAAUAAAGUACGUGAGAUAUUGCAAGGAACAAGAUUACAUGAAACAUUGACCAAUCUUGUAGUCCCAUCCUUUGACAUCUAUAGACUCCACCCAGUUAUCUUCUCAAGCUUCAAGGUAGAGGAAGAUCCCUACCGAGAUGCAAAAUUGGCAGAUAUAUGCAUUGGGACUUCAGCUGCACCAACUCAACUACCGGCCUAUAGAUUUGCAAAUGGUCCUCACAUAUGGGAUUUUCACAUAUUCAAUUUAAUCGAUGGUUUUUUAACUGCAAAUAGUCCUGCUUUACUCGCAUUGACCGAAGUGGUACAACAAUUGAACAAGAAAAACCCUAGUUUCAUUCAUGUGAAUGAAAAUGAGCCUACAAAAAAAAUUGUAUUAUUGUCGUUAGGAACCGGAGGAAAUGGGGAGAGUACAAUUAGGAUUCCUGCUGACGCGGCAAAUGUUAUUCCGGCUGUUACCUGGCCAUCCCUUAUAGCAUUAGGUCUUGUUGUUUCAGCCGGAGACAUCAAUGAGUAUCACCUUAAAUCAGUGUUUCCAGGUCUCCCGUCUUCUGACAAUUACUACCUUCGAAUUGACGAGUAUAACUUGGAUAAAUCCAUCACAGCUGAUAAUGUUACGAAAGAAAGUAUGGAAAAUAUUGUAAAAGCAGGAGAGGAGUUGCUGAAACAAACUGUUAAGGGCAUAGAUGUAACUUCUUUUGACCCAAAAGAAAAACCAAGUGAGGGUACAAAUGCUGAGGCUCUUGAAAGGAUUGCUGAUAUUCUGUACAAUGAGAAACAAUUGCGUUUGAAAAUGAAAUCCAUGGAAAAAAUGGAACAACCAUUUAUUGAAUGAAUGACUAGUGUGCAUAUAUAUAUAUAUAUAUAUAUAUAUAUAUAUAUAUAUAUAUAUAUAUAUAUAUAUAUUAUGUGUGGUGUGAAAUAAAUAAAACAAUUAUCUGUGCUUUUAAUGAGUGUGUGGUGUGACUUUGAUUUACAAGAAUAUAAGAGCAAGGAUUAUUGGACUGUAAUUUGUAUUCCUUGUAACACUUUUGCUAAUAAAAAUGAAUUUGUCCUUUUCUUUA